CCUUGCUUUUCGAAACCCAGGGUCCCUCAUUUUCACGGGUCUUUGUAAGAUGCUUUUCUAUACACACGAUACGAUGCCAUUAUACACAAUUGAUCACAGCACUAUACUUCACUCUGCCGCGGUACGAACCAUCUAAGCUCAGACGGCUCGUCUGACAAGCCACUCUUCUCCAACGACGGAGAGAUUCUUGGCAUUGACAGUCCAUCUGCAUCAAGUGACUCCAACGACGAGGAAGAAGGCCCGAAGAAGGCUCAGAACAUCGCAGCGGAAUCGUGGCGGCCCAGAGAGCGAUACGGAUAUCAGCAAUGGAGAUUCUGUGUCCAGUUCAGAGGCCCAAUCUUUCGCUAGUUUCAUGCAGCGGCGUGUUAUCGGACGUCUAGCACCCACGACAAGAUGGCAUUGCUUCUAUUGAGACAAAGAAACGUGGAGGACAUUCACAAUGCCAUUCAUCUUCAGCAUAGUCACUCGCGACUCGGCAUAACCUCUUUGUCACCAUUCACAAUGCUCUACUCUUUCGUGCAAGAUCAAAACUCUGCCGCUCGAUGCAUGAAGAACUCUUCUCCUUUCUUCGGAAAUCUCCUGCUUCGACAAGCAACAGCUCUUGGGAAAGCAAUCAACCUCGACUGGUAUCGAGGAUUCAAAAGCAAGCCCCCUCUAUCAAUCUCGGAGAAAUAUCAAAAAGCUGCAGGUCGGCGACUAUCUACGAGAGACACCGCAAGAUGUGGAGAAACUUCCGGUACGAAACAGACGCCGAGGCGGCCUGGAGGGAAAGGCGCGAGAGGGAUCGAGCCGCGGAAGAGAGUGCGGUUUCCGGGAGGAGAAGAAGCACUCGGGCGUCCAACGGUCGAAGGGAUGACGGAGCUGCACCAUCUUUGGCCUCUGCACUAGCUGUCGAUCAACAUGAAGGGGCCGGCGAAGCAAUGGAGGUCGAUGCUGGAGGCAAUGAUCACGAUGAUGAGACCGACGGCAGGACGAUGGUCGAUGCAGCUUUCAACGAGGAGGCUAACCAUGAUAGCGAGUCGGAUUCUUCCGACAUUGUCAUUCCUCCGCGUAAGAGACAGCGCAGACGAUACAGCCCUGCGGACAAAGACGGAAAGGAUGAGAAUUAUGACGACGGCACGAUUGUUGUUGUCAAGCGCAAGCGAAUCUCGAGCUCCGGCAUGGAUAUGACUGAGGACAGCCGUAGUGAGAAAGACGCGAUGGAUCUUGACCAGAACAAAGACACUAGCAAGACUAGCGGUGCGGGCGGCUCCGGUUCCAAAAUCGUGUUCAAUACACGCAAGAGAAAAGCACCGCAGCCUACGAAAGCUAGAUUCCUGGACACUCGCUCUGCCCCACUGCAGACCGCUCAGCCUCUGCCCGCUGCACGGUCUUCUCAAAUUCAUACCAAGUUGGACACUAUCUACGACAAAUCCUCCAACACGUAUGACCUCACCCUCAAUGUCAGAACUUCUCCUCACCAGAGGCACGCAAGUUGCGUCGAGUACAUCAUCGACGUAUUCAUCACGCCUCAGAAGAAUCCCGGCUCUCAAUCCCGACGCACCAAGUCAAAUUCCGACGAACAGCCACGAUCCGGCUACCUCACUGCGACUGUCAUCGAUAUAACCCCAGAGACCUCCCCUUGGAAGACCGAACUCCUCCUCCCAGGUCCAAACAUCCGUCCGCUCGACCACCACACCGCCUCCGAAUCCUCCCACUCAGGCCUCGACGAACUCCAGCUUACCCUCCAAAACAUCUACACCAAAGCUGGAGAAGUCCGCCCAGAAUUCUCCGACCAUGUCGACGACCUUCUCCCCCGCAUCUCCCUCACUGGCCCCUCCAACAAUCAACUCCUCUACAUUCCCGAAUUCUUCCUCCAUCAACCCUUCCGGGGCACAGGACUCGCUCAAGGAGUUCUACAAAACAUUCUUUCCUGGAUCACGACGCUCAGGUCUCCGAGUGUUUUGUUUCCUGGAGGAACGGUGAUUUUGUCUCCUGCGGCUUUUCGGACGACAAUGGAGGAGGUUAAGGGGAGUGGAGCUACGGAUCAGGAUUACCUGGAGACGGAGAGGAAACUGGUGAGGUCGUAUGAGAAGAGCGGGUUUGAGGUUUGGUGGCAAGGCGAUGAGGACAGAGGUGGAAGGGCGAUGACGAUUAUGGGGAGGCGGGUAUAUUAG